AUGCUACGAAUCAUAAAGAGUCGAUUGCCUCUUGUGAGGUACUGCUCUCAAUUACACCACGCAGAAAGUGAAUGUCGUACAACAAUGAAGUACCUCAAUGUGGCGGAAAAGAACGAUGCUGCGAAAACGAUAGCUGGGCUGUUAUCACGCGGAUCAUCACAACGGAGAGAAGGCUACUCGCCGUACAAUAAAAUAUACGAAUUCAACUAUGGGCUGCAUGGGCAAAACAUUCAAAUGAUAAUGACGUCCGUGUCGGGACAUCUGCUGACUCACGAAUUUUUGCCAAGUUUCCGCGGAUGGCAAAGCUGUAACCCGGAAGAUCUGUUUGACGCGCCCGUUCGAAAAUCGUGCCCAGAACAAUACGAGAAAAUCAAGAAAACCCUCGAAAGGGAGGUACGUGGAUGUGCCGCACUAAUCAUUUGGACCGAUUGCGAUCGAGAGGGAGAGAACAUUGGCUUCGAAAUCAUAGACGUGUGUCGGGCGAUAAAAUCGCAGCUAAAGAUUUUCCGUGCGAAAUUCUCCGAAAUCACUGGCCCAUCGAUAAAGCGUGCCAUCGAGAAUCUCGUUCAACCGGAUGCCCGGCAAAAUGAAGCAGUAAACGUUCGCAGCGAGCUAGAUCUCCGGAUCGGGGCCGCAUUCACGCGCUAUCAAACGUUGCGGUUGCAGAAACUUUUCCCGCAGGACAUCUCGAACAACCUCGUGUCCUACGGCAGCUGCCAGAUUCCGACGCUUGGUUUCGUGGCACAACGGUACAAGGAAAUAGAAAACUUCAUUCCACAAUCGUUUUGGAAGAUAAAACUCACUCACACGAUAGAAGAUUUAACUGUCGAAUUUCACUGGUCACGGAAUCGCCUGUUCGAUAAGCAAUGCUGUGAGGCGUACCUAAUGAUCUGCCAGGCUAACCCGGUGGCAAAGGUUGUGAACGUUACGCAAAAACCGAAAAACAAGUGGCGCCCAUCGCCGAUGGAUACGGUCGAGCUGGAAAAGCUGGGCUCCCGUAAGCUCAAACUGAGCGCGAAACAAGUGAUGACCAUUGCCGAAAAAUUGUACACUCAAGGUAUAAUCAGCUAUCCCCGUACGGAAACCAACAUGUUCACCGCGGACAUGAAGCUGGGACCGCUUGUGCAGGCCCAAGUCAGCAGUGAUCAGUGGGGACACUUCGCUGAAAAAGUGCUCCAAUGGGGGCCCAAUCCACGGAACGGGAAGAAGUCCGAUCAGGCUCAUCCUCCCAUUCACCCAACUAAGCUGCCGACCAACCUGUCCGGAGAUGAGUGGCGCGUUUAUGAACUGAUUGCUCGACAUUUUCUCGCCUGCGUUAGUCGUGAUGCGACCGGUUCGGAGACGAUCGUCAACGUGGUGGUCGGUGAGGAGGAAGAAUUCAGCGCCUCAGGGCUAUGCAUCCACGAGCGCAACUACCUGGAGGUGUACCCGUACGAUCGUUGGAAUGCGAAGGAAAUUCACGCCUACCGUAUCGGACACACGUUUAAUCCAACUGAGCUGGGGCUGCACGAGGGUUCAACUACCGCACCAAGCAUGCUAACCGAGGCUGAUCUUAUUGCGCUGAUGGAAAAGCACGGCAUCGGAACGGAUGCCACACAUGCCGAACACAUCAACACGAUCAAGGAGCGUGGGUACAUCGGUGAGCGGGAACGCUUCCUAGUUCCAGGGACUCUCGGUAUGGGACUGGUGGAUGGGUACGAAAUGAUGGAGCUUCGUUUAGCACACCCAGAGCUUCGCGCUGGUCUCGAAGCCGAUCUGAAGCUGAUUUGCGAUGGACGCAAAAAUCCAAGCGACGUGCUAGCGGAUCAAAUCGCCAAGUACAAGGAGGUGUACCGGAUUAUGUCGCAGAAGGCGCGUGCCCUGGAUCGAGCUAUGGGACAACGAUUAAAUCGCGAUCUGCCAGAUCCACCGCCGGAUGGUGGCGGUGAGACGAUCAGCAUCGGUGGAGCACCGAUUAAGGAGGUCUGCAAGUGCCCCAAAUGUGGCAAUAAAAUGUGCCUCCGCCAAAAACGGGAUGGCACCGGGUACUAUCUCGGUUGUAUUGCGUUUCCCGAGUGUAGAAAUAACGCGUGGUUCGAUGAUGCGAUUCGCGAGGCCACUGUCACCGACGAUACGUGUCCUCGGUGUGGCAGCAAGAAAAUUACCGUCAAGUUUCGUAGCACACGUUACUACGCGCUGCUCCAGAGCACGGACAUGGAUGAGUACCGGUUUUGCAUUGUAUGUGAUAGCAAGUUUCGUGAGUUUUUCAACAUUAACGAAUCCACCGUCCGAGUUGUUGGAUCCUUGAAUGCAUCCACGCUGCCACCAGCGCGAGUGGCUCCUGUUGCUGUAAAUUCCUGGGGCUCCAAUGCCCAAACGGAACCUUCGGGCGCCGUAAGUUCCUGGGGUUCUAGUAGUCAAACGGAACGUCGACCCCCACCAAGCGGAGCUGGACGAUCUAACAGCAGUUCGUGGGGAACAGGCAACAGCUGGGGAACCGGUCAAUCCGGAAACGCGUCCAGUUAUGGGCACGGUUCGCAAUCAUCCAACAGCGGUGGAGGGUCUUCCGGUUGGGGCAAAUCAUCUAACAAUUGGAACGAUGGUCCUGGUAGUAGAACGACUGGAGGAACUGGAGGCGCCAAUCGGAAAUCUUGGAACAAAUCGACACCCUCUGCGUCAGAUACGGCUGAGGCUGAGAUGAUGUGCCGCUGUGGUAUACCGGCUACGCGGUUUACCGUGAAAAAGGACGGACCAAAUAAAGGCCGACCGUUCUAUACUUGCACAAAUCAGGCCAGCAAGUGUGACUUCUUCAAAUGGGGCGAUGAAAAUGUGCCACCAUCUAAUGGAGGAAGUGGUACCUCCAGCUGGGGAAAUGGAGGAGGAAGCGGAAGUGGCUCUAGCCGGGGACAAAAUAGUAACGCAAGUAAUAAUAGCAACGGGAAUGCGAGAUCGACACGUAAAUGUGGUCUUUGUCGGCAAGAGGGUCACACGAAAAACAAAUGUCCCCAGGCAAGCGAUUAUUAA